CCGUUAGGCAAAGUCCCACCCCCCGGGUAAAUGCUAAACACUUCCCUCUUGCAGCAAUCAUUGAUAAUUGAGAAUUGUGCAAAGCUGAUAACUUUGCAUAAUCCUCCUUUGGCUUGCCGGAUAAAAUGGAGGAUAGCGGAACUCUUCGCACUUCUAGCAACCUGUCUCGCAAAGUCGUCUCCGUGGCCGCCGGGGAAUCUCACACUCUCGCCCUUACAGGAGAUGGGUGCGUGUAUUCUUGGGGUAGAGGAAUGUUUGGGAGACUUGGGAACGGUUCGGAAGGGGAUGAGCUUUGCCCAGUUCGAGUCAAGUUUGAUACUUGCAAUGAAUCUGAAGAGAACAGGCUCAAGUUUGUAGGAAUUGCUGCUGGUGCUUAUCACAGCAUGGCUCUUGCAGGUGACGGAUCAGUUUGGUGCUGGGGUUACAACAUCUAUGGCCAACUUGGUGUGAAUGGAGAGAAUGCUGUUGUGCCACAGAUGAUGGAGCAGUUUCAUGACUUGAGCUCUUCACAUUCUCCAACGAAUGAGUCAGAAACAAAGGGAAAAGCACCAUUGAAGAUUUGUUCUGUUAAAGCUGGAGGAAUGAUGUCCUUAGCAAUUGAUAAUCUUGGGGCUCUAUGGAUGUGGGGCAAUUGCCCACAGGAAAGCAGCGGCAGUGAGGGUGGUUUCUCUCUAAUGAGCAGUUUCACUCCAAUUCCUGUCUGGGAUUUCUAUGGUCACACUGUUGUAAAGGUGGCAUGUGGAAGCGAACAUGUUGUAGCCUUGGUGAGUGCUGGGGAAACAUAUAAAGGAGAUGAUCUAGUUUGUUACUCCUGGGGAAACAAUAGCCAUGGCCAGCUGGGUUUGGGAGAUACAGAGAGCAGACUACGUCCUGAAAUUGUUGAAACAUUUGAUCAGGACUCUCCUUGGUUUGUUUAUGAGGUAGCAUGUGGUGCAUUUCAUACUGCUUUGCUUACUCGUAAAAAGAGACCAAAUGACAAAUUAGAAAGUACGUGCUGGACAUUUGGCCUGGGCGAUAACGGGCAGCUUGGGCAUGGAACCACCCAGAGUGCAUUGAAACCUGAAGCCGUAAAAGAAUUGCCACAGAAUAUGUACCUGAUCUCUAUUGACUGUGGUUUAUUUCAUACCAGUGUCGUUUCAUCAGCUGGAGCUGUGUGGUCGUGGGGAAUGGAGAAAGGCCUUGGCCUCUGCCCAGAUGCUAGAUUUACUGGAACAGAUGCAGGGGAUGCUCUUUAUCCCCUGCAAAUAACAGGUCAACAAGGGCCUAAAUUUCACGAUCCAAUUCAAGUUGCUUGUGGGGCUGCCCACACUGUUCUUGUUGCAAAUGAUGGAUAUAAGCUUUGGUCUUGGGGCAGGGGAAGAAGUGGGGUCCUUGGAAAUGGGAGGGAAGUAGAUUUUUUUGCUCCAGGUGUUGUGCUGUGGCCUCCACUAACAGAGGAUUUCAAGGACCUGGACCAAGAAGCGAACAAUGUUAAUAAAGAGGAGAAUCUUGAAAAUAAGGGAUCUGAAGAAGUUUCAGAAGUGGAAAAAAAGUUGUCUUUGGCAAUGGAGGAGAUGAAGCUCCUCAAAUCAAAACUUUCUUUAAUGGAGCAAUAUGCUGGCAUACUUCACAGUUCAAUUUUUGGUAAACCUUUCACAGAGGAAGGUAUUCCUGUCUCGUUACAGGAUUCAGGUGCUUUUGACAUUGCCAAACAAUGGGACGACAUGUUAGAAUCAGCAGAUCAUAGUAAGCUUAUUAGAUUAGAAAUGUUCUAUCGAAACAUGCUUGCAGGUGUCAAAGAUAAGCAAAUGAAAAAACGUAUCCAGGAGAUAAUAAAGGAGUAUCUCCCUGCUUGAACUCCAGGAAAAUAAUGCAGGGAAAUUUGGGAUGCACAUUUGUUUAUAAUUGAUGACCAAACAUACACUUGAAGUGGUCAGCUGCACCAAAUCGGAACUCUGUAUCAAAUGAAGCUUGCUGUUGUACUAUCACUCCAGAUUGUUGGAUUUUCUUUACUACAUGUUUUGUGACAAAAUACAAUAUACCCACAUAGAAUAAUGUAUCAUAAUAAAGGAAUGAGCAGCUUAUUAUUAGCUGCUUUAUGAAAAGCCAUGGUUGAUUUCUUA